GAGCUUGAUGUUCCUUGGUGUUCUGUGGAUCUGCCCUGAAGUUGAAUCCAUUCCUACAGUUCAGAAGACCUGAGCACACAACAGCACUAGAAUAAUCUUACCUGUCAUGCCUGGGCAGAUCUCUGCAGGAGCUCUACUCUUCCUGUCCCUGACUGUAAUUUUACAUGGCUAUCAAAUAAGAGAAAAAGAAUUUCCAAAAGCCAGAGGCUAUCUUCAAUAUACUGCAGCAGCAACAGAACAGACCACAACAAAACCUCCACUACGACUGAUUAACCAAGGAUCUCAUAUAACUUUAGCAUCAAGAUUCAAGGAUGAUUACAUUCAAAUGGUUUCUGAAACUUCAACCGUUGAAAACACAGGCCAUAUAACCAUGAAAAUAGCAACCCCAGUAACUACAAAGAACCUUCCACCCAUCCGCUCAGCUAGCUAUACCUUUGUCAGAUCUAAUAAUUCACACAUGACUGUUUCAUCUACUGAAGAUACCAUUGGCUCUGGCUCAAUUGCACAUUUACCAGUUCCUACAGCCAGAGCUAGUCUAGCCAUUGUCAACUACAUAACUGGGAGAAAUACACAACUUGGUGGUCAGACUACCCUUCCCAAAACAUUUUUCAUAGCGGCACACAAAAGCACAACCAAUCAGAGGCCAACUCUAUCCACUAAUGUCUCAGGAACAUCAGCACCUACACACAAGGACAGAUCACCAACCUCACCUGUCCCCCUAGUUCCUAGGCCCACUCUUGUAACUUGGUCAUCACCACCCAAGAUCGGAACUUAUGAAGUCCUAAAUGGAAGCAGGAUCUGUAUUAAAGCAGAGAUGGGAAUAGCACUGAUUGUUCAAGAAAAGGAUUUGGAUUCUGCAACCCAGAGACAUUUCAACAUUGACCCCAGCCUAACCCAUGCCUCUGGGAAAUGUGACUCCCAAAAAUCCAACCUCUUCUUGAAUUUCCAGGGUGGAUCCGUGAAUAUCACAUUUACCAAGGAAGAAAACUCAUAUUAUAUUAGUGAAGUUGGAGCAUAUUUGAGCAUCUCAAAUACAGAGAAGACUUACCAGGGAAAGAAGGAUACUUUAAUGAUGUUUGAGACAGUAGUUGGGCAUUCCUUCAAGUGUGUCAGUGAGCAGAGCAUCCAGCUGUCAGCUCAGCUUCAAAUGAAAACGAUGAAUAUCCACCUUCAGGCCUUUGAUUUCGAAGGAGACUCCUUUGGAAAUGUGAACGAGUGUUUGUCUGACUACACAGUUGUGCUUCCUAUGGUUGCGAUCAUCGUGGUCGUCAUCUGUGUUGUGGGUCUGAGCGUCUACAAAAUCCGCCAAAGGCAUCAGUCAUCUGCAUACCAGAGAAUCUAAUUUGUAACCAAAGGAAAUAAUAGAGUUUAGAAAAAAAUGUCAUUAUUUCCAGAAUGUUGGAGGCAUCUACUAAAACCAAUGAGUGAUUAGUGAUUCAAAUUGGAGCAGUAUAUCAAUUCUGAACAUUUUUGCUCAUUUCAUGAAAGACUAAGGAAGAUAUUGAGUAUUUUCUAGCUUUUGUUAGAAAAAUUUAACUACUCAAAUGAAUAUUUGAGAUACACAGAAUUAGCAUAAUAUUCAAAAGUGGUAGAUAAUUACAAAUUAUAAACCAAAAUAAUUGAUUUUAAAUACACAGAAUUAACAUAAUGUUCAAAAGUGGUAAAUAAUUACAAAUUAUAAACCAAAAUAAUUGAUUUUAAUUAGUCCUACUGGUGUUUGCCUAGAGAAAUGUAUUUUGACAUUAACACUUUUAUUUUAAGAAUAUUUUGCUGGAUUUUCUUACUAUCUGUUUAUCUUAUGUAUGUAUAUCUGACAUGGUACUCACCUAUUUUUUCAUUUAAAAAUUUUAGUUAUCAAAAUAACAUAUCUCAUAUUGUUUAGACUUUACAUGAAAAAACAUUUUUUUCUUCAUGAAACUUGCUUCAGAAUUCACAAAGAUUAAGAAAUAGGUGCCUAUAGA